AUGUAUUUCUUUGCACGGUGCUUUAUUACGUUCCUCGUACUCCAGGGAGUACUCGAGGUUGCUGGCAACCCGGUUAUGCACAACCCCGGGGAACACAAGAAGGCGUUGCCUCACCGACUACUUUUUGAUCAUUCUAUUGGCAACGGUGUUGCCGAGUGCGGGAAAUAUGCUGCUACUCCGGGGGCUAUCUGUGCUUCUAAUGCCUGUUGCUCCUCUUCGAUUAUUUCUCAUCCAACUGCUCAGCCCACAGCGGAGUCAAGUGCCUCACCCAGUACUCCACUGAGCGCUCAGCCCACGCCGGACAAUCCAGGUGAGAAUGUCGGCAAGGUCGUCGCCGGAUACUGGGAAGCGUGGAACAUGGCCAAGCCCUGUGGUACUAUGAAGCCGCAAGAGAUCCCUGUUGAGUUGCUCACUCAUUUGAUCUUUUCAUUUGGGUUUGUUGUCCCGGAGACAUAUCAAAUUGAACCCAUGCCGGAUACCUCAGAAAGCCUGUUCAGACAGGCUACCGAUGGCAAGAAGAAGAAUCCGAAUCUCAAGGUUCUAAUUGCUCUUGGGGGCUGGACACAUACCGACCCGGGCAUAUACCAGAAGGUGUUCACCGAUAUGGUAUCCUCCGCUGCCAACCGCCAAACAUUCAUCAAGAACCUCCUCAGCUUUCUCACCCGUUACGAUUUCGACGGCGUUGACCUUGAUUGGGAAUAUCCCGGUGCAGCAGACCGAGGUGGAAGGCCAACUGACAAGGAGAAUUUCACCAAGCUCCUUCAGGAGAUGAAACUGGCCUUUCAAAACAGAUGCCUGGUCACUUUCGCUGCGCCGAUGUCAACUCACCUUUUGCAAAAUUAUGAUCUAAAAGGUGCCUCCGAAGCUGUGGACUGGAUCAAUGUCAUGGCCUAUGAUAUUCACGGUUCAUGGGAUGAGACUAAGCAAGCUUUGGGGCAUACGAACCUGAGCGACGUUAAAAAGGGGUUGGAGAUCUUCUUGCGAGCUGGUGUAGCACCUCAGAAACUCGUCCUGGGAACUGCCUUCUACGGUAGGAGCUUUAAAAUGGCGAGUAAAGAUUGCACAAGACCCGGGUGCUCGUUUAUCGGUAACGGGGAUAAGGGACGCUGUGCACAGUCUGCAGGUACUUUGUCAUAUAUAGAGAUUAAUGAUGUUAUUGCCAGCGGUACGAAGCCGGUGUUUGACGAGGCUGGUUCUGUGCUGCAUCUAACAUGGGGUGGUGACAAUUGGGUCUCAUACGACGAUGCCCGAACGAUUAAAAUCAAGGUCCAAUACGCCUAUCAAAAGGGACUGAGAGGGGUCAUGAGUUGGGCUGUAGAUAUGGAUGACGAGCAAAGGAGCUUGACCAAAGCUUUAUCUGGUCGUUGA